UCUCCUUUCUCACUGUUCUACCCUGACAACAGACAUGAAUGACCGUGGAGAACACAAGCCAUGCUGUUAUUUCCACCCCAUGGAAGCUGUCGUAGGCAUCUGUGCUCUCUGCUUGAAGGAGAAGCUCCUAGUUUUGGCCUCCGAGCAAGGUCAUCUUCCUCUAUGCAGGAGGUACUUGAGAGUGCCGAAGAGGAAACCAGUCAUCACGCUUCCUAAGGUCUUUGUUUUGGGCGCUUUCGGCCAUCUCCUCGAGUCCCAUCAUCACACAAACAAAGAUCACUCCGGUCGUGAAGGCCCCAUUGCCAGCCUCGAAGACUCGUUCAUAUCGAUUAAGUUUGAGGACGAAGGGCAAGUGUUAUCGAAGAACAAGAAAGACAAGAGCUUUGAAGCUUCAACAGACACCACCACCAUUGGCAAGGAAACCAAGGAAGUAAAGACAACGGUGGAGCAGUCAGACCACAGCGGGUUCCCGAGGUGGCGAAAGCACAUCGGCCGCCUUCUCCAUCAGGGAAUCUGGAAGCGGUCCAAUGAGGCAAGCACAUGCCACUUUGGGUUUGGAGGUAAGGUGGAAGGAGUGAAGCGGACAAGAGGUUGGAUAAGGAGUCUAACAAGGAGGACCACCACCUCUGGCUAGUGGACGUUCGAGAUGGAGACUUGUGCUCUUCUCCACCCGACUUGAUGUGUACUUCGUUCCAAACAAUGUGCGAGUAUAUAUAUAUAUAUCUAUGUUCUUUGCUAGA